AUGGGAAGAUUUAAAAAAACUAUUGAUGGCCAAGUUAAGAAAGUGAAACAUUCAAAUGUAACAAAAAUUGCUCAUGAAUUAUUUAAAUAUAAUAUUAUUCGUGGUCGUGGUUUACUUGCUAAAGCUAUUAUUAAAGCACAAAUUAAAUCUCCAUAUUCUACUCCUGUUUAUGCUGCAUUAACAUCUAUGAUUAACUCAAAAUUUCCACAAAUUGGCCAAUUAAUUUGUAAACGUCUUAUAUCAUCAUUUCGUAAGGCACAUAUGGAUGACGAAAAAACGAAAUGUUUUGCAGAAGCUAAAUUUCUUGCACAUCUUAUUAACCAAAGAGUCUUACAUGAAAUAAUUGCCUUACAAAUCCUUCUGUUUCUAUUCGAGAAUCGAACUGAUGAUAAUAUUAUAUUAGCUAUUGAAUCGUUAAAAGAAUGUGGUCAAAAAUUAUCAACAGUUAGUCCACAAGAAUUAUAUACUAUAUAUUUAGUAUUAAAAAAUUUACUUCAAGAACCAUCAUUAAAUAAACAGACACAAGAUAUGAUUCAAGAUUUAUUUACUAUACGAAGAGAUGGAUUUGAAACAUAUCCAGCUAUUCAAUAUGGUUUAGAUUUAGUUGAUAAAAAUUAUCAAUAUACACAUAUAUUACUAUUAAAUAAUUCUUAUGAUUCUGAAAAAAUGCUUGAUCAAUUUCAAUAUGAUGAAGAAUAUAAAGUUAAUGAAAACAAAUAUAAACAAAGUCGGAAAAAAAUUCUUGUUAAUAAUAGUGAUAAUGAAAAUGAAUCUAGUUCGAAUUCAUCAGAUAGUGAUGAAAAAGAUAAUGAUAAUGAAAAAAGACAACAACCGACAAAUGUUGAUCGAACUGAAGCAGAUUUAUUAAUACAUCAUCACAAAAUAUUUUUAAUAAUCCAAGCAAGUAUUGAUGCUGAAAAAUGUGCAAGUAAAUUACAUAAAAUGAAUUCAUAUGGUCGACGAGACGAUAAAUUAUGUGAAAUGAUUGUUGAUAUUUGUACAAAACAACAUACAUAUGAAGAUUUUUUUGGUAUUUAUUUGAAAAAUUUAUUGUUGGAAUUGUUUCAUUUUCUUGGUUUUACCGAACUUAAAAAUCGUUUAACUGAUCCAACAAUAACAAAACUUUUGCAACAUCAUUGUCUACGUGAUAAUCCAGAAAAUACUCGAUUUUGUAUCAAAUUUUUCACCUCAACUGGUCUUGGUAGAAUAACGUAA